AUGGUACUUGCGUCGAGGAACGAAGUUUUGCCGGUAGAAAUUGCACCAGUCACAGGAAAGGAUACAGCGUCGUGGACUGUGGGGGGACCCUUUUCUCCACAUCUCGAUCAGCGUAUAUGCUUCCUGAAACGGCGGUGUUUCCGCCUAUCCAUUGUCGCAGUCGGCAUUCUCUCCGAUCCGAUGCGGCUCAAAGGAAAGACCUAA